AUGUCUCUGGAUCUAGAAAAGCACUUGACAUUUUAUGGCGCCUAUCACCAUAACCCCGUCAAUGUGGCCAUUCACAUGAUCUGCGUGCCCCUGCUCCUUGUAUCAGGAUUUACCUUGGCCACGUAUACAGGAACACUCAUACACACGCCCAGCUGGCUGACCGUCCCGUACUUGGAUCUCAAUCUGGGCACAAUCGCCGCUAUUCUUUAUGCAUCGCUCUAUCUGCUAUUAGAGCCAGUAGCAGGCUUUGUAUUGGCCGCAUUCUGUCUUGGCAGCACGGCCUUUGUCAACUCAUGGCACCUCCGAGAUCCCACCAUGACCUUUCAGGUCGCCCUUGGAGUUCAUGUUGUCUCCUGGAUCGCACAAUUCAUUGGCCACGGUGCCUUCGAGGGCCGAGCCCCUGCCUUGAUGGACAACCUCGUCCAGGCCAUCUUCCUGGCCCCCAUGUUUGUCUGGCUUGAGAUGCUUUUUAAGCUUGGAUACCGACGCGAGCUCCAGGCUCGAGUUGAGAAGGCCGUCUUGAAAGAGAUUGCCAAGUUCAAAUCCGAGUCUAAGAAUGGCAAGGCCAGCUAAUCCCGAUCCUAGCUUACUGAUGACGGGCCUUGGCUUUGAACGGCAUUUCCUCAUUCCUUGACUAAUGCUCUCAGGACUUGUAAACUAUAUGUCUCAACCAUCACUAUUCAAAUCCAGGCGCCCUUUCAUUUCGUCAUUCAACCAAGCUUCCCACGGGCGCCUCACCGGGGGACUGGAUGACAUCACCAUAUGACGAAAGCAAACAACACCUCUUCAACAUCUCUUCACAGCGUCCAAACUACAAACCGCCCAUCUCAUUAGCUUUUCUAAACACACAAUCUUAAUAUUGCAAGCAAGCGCUCUCAGUCAUCUACACCCCCAGAUGGGCUACCACCACAAAAAGUUUUUCAUAUCUAUAGCGUCUGUAUACAGCUAUGUUACCUCAAAAAUACAAGGGAGAAGUGCACAGUGGACUGCACUUUGAUACGAGCAGUGUAUCAAAGAUGUGGGUGGGCAAAAAAAGUACGGUAUGGCAUUUGUUUUAUUAACCACCUUUUGUACUAUUUAACAGCCAUACUAUGGCAGCUACAACUCAGAAAAAAAUCAUCAAAACUCUGUUCAUAUCCUUC